GGCUGAAGAGGAAAGGUUUGUGUGACUUAAGCCCAUUCUCUCUCUCUCUCCGACUGACUCUUACCAGGGAAUUGAACUAGAUCUGAUUUAGAAACGCACAGAGAUUUAGUUUCGAGUGUUUUUUCUUUCUGUUAAUAAUUCCCAUCUUAAAUAGGACGAAGUGUGCAUAAACCCUCCUGGUGAAGCGGCAGAGAUCCAUGCGACACAAUUUAAUAAAGAUGGCUUAUAUUAAAGAGGAGAAUGAAGACAUAAAGAUUGUUAUUAUUAAAGAGGAGAGUGAAGACUCAAGGAUUGAAGAAACAUUCAGUGUGAAACAAGAAGAAACUGAGGAAAAAACAGGCCUGAUGCCACUGAAAAUGGAAAGUCAAGUUUUGAAUGAGAAGGAAGAGAAAGAUCAUGAAGACCUAACAAAAGAAAAAUAUUUUAGUUGCUCACAAACUAAAAAGACUUUCACACAAAAAACAGCUCAGAAGACAGGAACUAGAUAUUUCACCUGUUCUCAGUGUGGAAAGAGUUUCAAUGAAAAAUGGAGUCUAAAAAUCCACAUGAGAACUCACACUGGAGAGAAGCCUUUCACCUGCCAACAGUGUGGAAAGAGUUUCACUCACAACGAAAGACUUAAAGUCCACAUGAGAGUUCACACUAAAGAGAUCCCUUUAACCUGCCAACAGUGUGGAAAAGGUUUCUCUGGAAAGGGACACCUUAAAAGACACAUGUUAAUUCACACUGGAGAGAAGCCUUUCACCUGCAUACUGUGUGGAAAAAGUUUCUCUGAUAAAGGACAUCUUAAAGUCCACAUGAGAAGUCACACUGGAGAGAAGGAUUUCACCUGCAUACUGUGUGGAAAGAGCUUCACUCAAAAAGUACAUCUUAAAGGCCACAUGAGAAUUCACACUGGAGAGAAGCCUUACACCUGUCAACAGUGUGGAAAGAGUUUCACUCAUAAUGGAGACCUUAAAAACCACAUGAGAACUCACACUGGAGAGAAGCCUUACACUUGCCAACAGUGUGGAAAAUCGUUCACUCAAAACAAAAGCCUUAAAGUCCACAUGAUAACUCACACUGGAGAGAAGCUGUUCGCCUGCCAACAGUGUGGAAAAACGUUCACUCAAAACAAAAGCCUUAAAGUCCACGUGAGAAUUCACACUGGAGAGAUGCCUUUCACCUGCCAACAGUGUGGACAGAGUUUCAGAUUUAAAGUAACCCUCAAUUCCCACAUGAAAAUUCACUAAAGAAAGACUGUUAUAUAUGUCAUCAGUGUGGAAGGAGCUUCACUAGACAGGAAUCAUCUUUAAACAGACAACUCACACCAGAAAGAAGCCUUUCAUGUGCAAUCACUGUGGAAAGAGUUUCAGAUUCAACAGUUCACACUGGAGAGAUCCCUUACACUUUUCUUUGGUGUGAAAAAGAGACUUGCAAACAAGAAGAACUG